CACCCUGACAGCAGCUCUAACAAUACCUAAGCAUCUUUUUGAAAAUGUAACGGAGUUUGGAUGUUAGAACUGGUCUUCAUUUCUUUACCUACUUUAUCCUAUUUUACGUGUACACCGUCGUCUCCUCAUUGUCGCUAUCUGCGAUGAUGUUUGUGUGCAAAAGUCCUUUGGUGAUUCAAAUACUGUAUGCAACGAGUAGUCGUGCGUGCGUUUGUUUGAGAUCUUGACCAACUUCGAGGUUCUUUUCCUUGGCAGUGAGUAAAUUAUUCAAGAUGACCACUGAUCAAAGACAUGAAAGAAAUGACACCGAUGAGAGCCACGAAGAUCAUUAUACAUACCUGUGCGAUGUACCAAGCUUGCAAGAAGUAGCAUCUCAUGAAGUAGUUCGAGAAAUAUGGCACAUCAACCUAUCAAAAUAUCAUCCUAUCAAAGAUGAAGAAACGAAUGUCAUCCCUUGUAACGAAUUCCUCGAGUACUGUGACGAAUAUAGAUGCCAACAGCUGACAAAACAAAUGAUAGCAGAUUUGAAAGAUGCUCGUGUUGAAGAAACGCUUAAAAAUGCACUUAAAAAGUUUAGCGAAGAGAUUACAAAUUGGGUCGAGCACCUUCUACAAAUAGUAUUCCGCCACGAAUGUCUGAGAGGAAGUCACGAAAUUCGCAGCAUUGAUCCAAAAUGGUGUAUUUGGUCAGUGUAUGGUAAAAUCGACUACGAGAAAAGUGCGAGGAAAAUUCUACAGAUUGGCAGUUUGACUGAUGUGCAGAAAUUUCUCAUCAUGUGUGAAUAUUGUAUGGAAGAUGAUAUCAAUAACUUUUCGUUGGACUUGCUGCCAUCUGAAUUCAUCGAGAAAGUGGAUUUCCGCACUCAUCGUUCCAGUUUCUAUUGGAUUUGCUUCCUUAAAAAUGAACUUCACAGAAUGCCAGUUGAAAAUCCCGUUUUUGCAGAUCUCAUUAUGCCAGUUGAAAUUGCCCAUUUUUCUGCAUCUAUCCUCAAGCAUUGGUCACCACAAAUACACCCUGAUGGUAGGUUCAGCAACGAAUUUUUCUGGCAUCGCUUAAGUAACGAUGAUCGAGUGAAGGUAGCUGCUGCUUGGAUUUGUUAUGGACGUUACGAGGACUUUACUUAUGUUGCACGAAUCCUUUCGGCAAUGUUGUGGCAUCAGCAACAACGAGUGCUGUCUGAAUUGCCAGAAAAGCCCUCUAAAGCUAUUGCUCGUACGCUGCGUUGUGAACCGCGAAUUGCACUUUGGAUAUGGAAACACUUUAAAGAUGAGAUGGCUGUAGAACAAUUUCGCCAGUUAUUUUUUGAUAUGAUACACGAUGGAAUAUCGAUGUCUACGUUGCUUGAGAUUUGGAAGACUGCUUCUGAUCAUCAGAGAAAUUUUUCCAUUUCGAACAUUUCUGAAGAAUUCAUUGAUAGCUUUAGUCAAGGUCAUUUUAUGGUGCCAUAUUGGUUUAUUACUGGAACUUUUAGAACAAAAAGAAACUUCAUGUUGCAAAAAACAAUGACCCAAGACGUUAUGCCAUGGCACGACCCAGAUUUGCUGAACAACUUAUUGAAUAAUUGUCCACCAUGCUCUGACGACGAACUGACGUUGACGAAAUUAGGUAUUGAUACUUUCAGAUUUUUAAGACAUUUAUAUGUUGAUCUAUUUUGCCCACGAAAUUUUGAAAAGUUUGACGAUGAAUUAAAAGCUUAUUUUUUGCAUGAUGUUGAUGCUGCCCGUGCAUAUAAACGAUCCUUCCUAUAUGCUAUAUUCCCGAAAUUUCCUGUUCGACUUGGCAUAUACACAAAUGCAAAUUGGUGGGACGAAUUUUGUAAUUUUAUUGAAGAUGCUUUUGAAAAUGAUGAAGCAGGAGCAUUGGAAGUGAAACAAAGAUUCAUAGAUGAGAAUGCCCACUUCUCUCUUGACUCACAAAGUUACUUUGAUCUGCGGCGUGGUUUUGAUAAUCUAGUGAAAAUCGUUGAAUCGAUGUUUCAAAACAACAAACUGAGACGUGUGAAGUAUUCUUUUUCUAGGUCUUUUGAUUACUCAAAGUCGAAAUGUUCCUUCGUGCAUUUUGAUGAAAAGUUUAACUCAAAGUUUGAGCAGUGGUGUUCGGUGGUUUACGAUGAUUCAAUUCUGUUUAGUAGUGAUGAUGAGUUUUUGAGUGAUGAUGAGAGUACUUCGGAUGAGGGUGAAGAGGAUUGGGUUUUUGUAGAAAAUGAAGACAUCAGGAUUAUGGAUUAAGACGAAGAUGUCGAUGAGAGUAGUUCGGAUGAGGACGAAGAGGAUAGGAUUUUGGGAGAAAAUGAAGACAAUAGGAUUUCAGAUGCAGACAAAGAUGGUAGGAAUUUGGAUGAAGACGAAAAUAUAAGAUGAUUUUGACAAAUGAUGAGAUAGAAUUUUUAGUAAAUGUGAAAGUGGAAGGGUUGAUAAAUAGAUAGGUACUUACGUGAUAGGUACGUUUCACUUUUAAUAUGCAAUAUCUGCUGUAAAUUUUGUAAUGAUAACCGGAUAUCCUAUAGAUAAGUUUUUCUAGAAAAUUAAUUGGUACGAAAAUGUAAAGUGUAAUGAAUGAUUUUUAUGAAAUAAAUGUUCUCAACU